UUUAUUUCGGAUUUGGACUCGGUCGCCGGUCUUUGCAGAGCUGACGCGCUGUCAACACGCACCGUGAGAGGGGAAGGGAAGGGAAGGGAAGGGAGGGGAAGGGACAGUCCUGUCACCCAACGUGGAUCCAGAGUCAGGGCUGUUUUAGCAGCACCUCAAGCAGCCUGCCAGGGCACCGAGUGGGCAAACUGAACUAGUGCUUAAAAAAAAAAAAAAAAAACCCCCUUCUACUGUAAAACUACGUGUGCCUGGCUCCCAAUGAUGUCCUAAUCUCUGGGAAUCGCCCGCCGUCCAGGACUGAGGACGUCUCUGCACCCGGAGCUGACUGCGAUCAAGAUGGAGAGCGAAAAGAAGAGGAGAAAAUACUCCACGAGCAGCAAUGACUCCGACACCACCGACAGUCAGGUGACGUCGUGGUCCAGGUCAUCCAAAAAUACGGGCACCAGCAGCACAUGGGUCCGCCACCAGCACAAGAAACCAUCAGAGGUAUUUCGUACCGACUUCAUCACGGCCAUGAAGCUGCCGGAUUCGGCUCAGCUCGGCCCGGACGACUUCUACGUGCUCUCUGACCCAUGGAGACAAGAAUGGGAGAAGGGGGUACAGGUCCCUGCCAGCCUUGAGGCCAUACCAGAGCCUGUGGUCAGGUUGCUGCCAGAGUCAGCAGGCGGUUUGUUCAACAACAGGCAGGAGAGGGAGAGCAGCACCCAGUCUCCUCCCACCCAGCGCUACAGCUGCUAUGACCUGGAUGACCUGGACGUUGCCUGGCUGGAGCUGGUGAACCACGAGUUCAGACAGAUGGCGUUACCAGAGAUGGAUGAGCUGACGAUGGAAUGCGUUCUCGUCGAGCUGGAAAGCGUGUGCGAUGAAAAGAUGCGGCAGGCCAUCGAGACGGAGGAAGGCCUGGGCAUCGAGUACGACGAGGACGUGGUGUGCGACGUCUGUCGCUCGCCGGAGGGAGAGGAUGGCAACGAGAUGGUCUUCUGCGACAAGUGCAACGUUUGCGUUCAUCAGGCGUGUUAUGGCAUCCUGAAGGUACCCCAGGGGAACUGGCUGUGUCGGACCUGCGCUCUGGGCGUCCAGCCCAAAUGUCUGCUCUGCCCCAAGAGAGGGGGGGCCCUUAAGCCCACCCGUAGUGGAACCAAGUGGGUCCACGUCAGCUGUGCCUUAUGGAUCCCAGAGGUGAGUAUAGGCUGUCCAGAGAAGAUGGAGCCCAUUACCAAGGUGUCCCACAUCCCCGCCAGCCGCUGGGCUCUGUCCUGCAGCCUGUGUCGAGAACACACAGGAACCUGCAUACAGUGCUCCAUGCCCUCCUGUAUUGUGGCCUUCCAUGUGACGUGCGCCUUCGACCACGGCCUGGAGAUGAGGACCAUCCUGGCAGAGAACGACGAGGUGCGCUUCAAGUCUUUCUGCCUGGAGCACAGCUGCACUGCCAGCAACAGUGGUACAACCAUCAACAGCACCUCCAGUUUGGCCAUUGUGAACAACAGCAACCACACCACCACCUCCACCACCAACGCAGCACACGGCCCAGCCAGACCUGACUGGGCCACCACCGGCGUCAGCUCUGAGCUCCGGCUCGACCAGCAGCACCAGCCAAACAGCAGCAGUGAACCGGAGCAGAGGUCUGUAUUGUACCCGGUUUCGGUGUCGGCAUCAGAGCGAGCUGAGCGGGACCAGCUGGAGAGAGAAAAGGUGAGCCAGAGGAAACAGAAGCUACAGGAGCUCGAGGACGAGUUUUACCUACUGGUGGAUCCCAGGGAAGUGGCCGAAAACCUGGCGCUGCCUGUCUCCCAGGUGGACUUCUUGUAUCAGUUCUGGAAGUUGAAGAGGAAGGCCAACUUUAAUCGACCUCUGGUGACAUUAAAGAGGGACGAGGUGGACAACCUGGCCCAGCAGGAGCAGGAUGUCCUUUACAGACGCCUCAAACUCUUCACACACCUCCGACAAGACCUAGAGAGGGUGCGUAACCUGUGCUACAUGGUGACACGAAGGGAGAAAAUGAAACACACUCUGUGCGACCUCCAGGAGAAGAUCUUCGACCUACAGAUACAACUACUGGAGGAGGACAUUGCUGGAGAGAAAACCCAGAAGGGAGAAAAGAGGAAGCAGAAUGGAGUGAAGGAGAAAGGGAAGGAGAGGAGGAAGAGUAGUCCUGAGAAGAAAAAGGAGAGAUUGAAGUCAGAGAACGGCUCCCUGCUAAAAGAGCUAGGUUUGUCAAAGUCCUUCCCAUUGGACAACUCUCUGUUCGACAGCUGGCUCGCGCAGUCGGUUCAGAUCACCGCUGAUGACAUGCUGAGCCAGUGGGCCCUGGGUGCCCAACAUCGGGACAAGAGCGGCAGCCUGCUCUCCGACCAGCUCCUGCAAGGCGAGGAAAGCUUGCUAAACCUUAUGAUGGAGAACUCCAUGCAGUCUACCUGGAAAACACCCCAGCUGGGCCGCAAACCGCGAGGGAGCAACAAGCCCCGUGCUCGUGGACACCCGCAAUCCACCAGCCCCACCCAGCCCCAGACACUCCUGUCUGCAGCGGCUGCCUCCGCUGCCUGCAGCCCCUCCACUGCUAAGAGCCUUUGGGCGAGCGUUGCGGAGGAAAAGCCCAGCCAUGUGGGCCGCAAAGGAGAAAGGUCCAGGGGCGCCUCCAAGGCCCUGCACCACCACCUUCAUCACCACCAAACCAGGAGCUCUGACCUGCACAGGGACCCUCCGCCGCAGCCACCGAUCUCCAAAAUGGAUUCUUGUCAUAUCUCAGAGGACCCCGGCUGGGACAGCAUCCACACAGGGAAUGGUGUUGCAUCAGGGGCUGGAUCUGGUUUCACUGCAAGCUCAUCUCCACUUCCGGCCUCAAGCCCUGGGGUCACAGUGCCUGACACAGGGGCGAUCCUCCGUGGCGGGGCUCCGCGGCUCCGUCUGUCCCGCCACGGUAAAUCCAGAGGGAGGGGCUUCAGUGGAGGUGGAAGCAUAGCAGGGCUGGAGUCUGUGGACCUACCACUCACAGGAAAGGACACGUCCCUGCUGGACGCUGCCGAAACUGACGGGUACUUCUCUGAUGGCGAGCAGAGUGAUACGGACACACGCUCUGGCGGACGCAAACUCCGCUUGCCGCAGUUGCAUUCUGGGAACGAGGACCUGCUGAGAAGGAGCGUGCUGGCGUCUUAAAGCACUGAGACUCCCACUAACACACAAACACACACACACACACAGUUAUCCAAGCAGAGUCCCGCUGGCUAAUUGUUUCUCCAUCUGUGCCCAGAAUACAGUCUACAAAACAUGGCUGUAUGGCUUUGUUCAACCAAAUCCCUGUCACAUUAACGUGGAAAAUCUCUUCAGCUCUUACCUGCUUUGUUUUGGGGUGAAUUUGAAUGUAGCUGUUUGUCUGUCGUACAGUAAAGCUUCUCCACCGGACCGUAGUUUGUCGUUAGCUUACCACAAGAUGCGAUAUGUUCAACAAAUAGGAAACAAACAUUACCCUUAGUCUUUCUCUUGUUUUGUAUUUGAGAUUCAUUUUGUUUCUGGGUGUCGAAGUACCCAUUUCUGGCCUCAUGUCUGUGGUAUCUGCCAGACUUGGGAACAAACACUUUGGGGCAUUAUUGUUAUUAUUCAAGCUGGUUUCAGGGUCCGCUUUGCUCUUGGUCUUUAUGGCCUGAGAUGCAUCCAAUGAGUCCUUGUUUUCUUGAAUAUGUUCAGUGGAAAGACAAUUUCACACCAGAGCUGGUCUGAAUAUGUACAGAUGGUGACAUGGGACAACAUGUAUUCAGCCUUGAAAAGCACAACUAGCUAGUCGAAAGAGCUGUAAUGUAAGCACUCGUGUGUGUAUAAUAGAUGUUCAUCCGGGGUUGGGGUCAAUUUUCAUCAUGUUGACUCAGUUGUAAAAUGUACACUAAAACCGCCAUUCUCCAAUUUAUCUGCAAAAAAAAAAAAAAAAGACAAAAAAAAGAUUUCCAGCUUCUCCAGUUUUUGAAUAGCCAGUUUAUUGACCCCAACCCUGGUGUUCAUUCAGAUUGUCACACAGAGACACAAACACAGACAUACUGACACACAUACUACUAUAAGCAAAUCCCUUUUGCUCACAUCAUAGCCGUUCGAAAUAUUUGAUCUGACUUUUGUCAGCUGCUUUCAAAUUCUUCCUAAUUCUGAGUUCUUUGGGUUUUUUUUAUUUUAUUUUUUUUAGUCUGAAUGUUUGGAGAAAGUUCAUUGUAGAAACUCUGUGCCUUCUGUCGCUUGCCCUGCGCCCCUACAGCUCCUUAACCCCCCUUGCCCCUCAACCUUAUCACUCAACCAAACAAUCAGUAAGAAGAUCAAUCAGUCGUUUUCUCAAUCGGAUUUGUAACAAUCAAACCAAAAGGAAAUCCCGUUGGAUUGGUUACUGAGUGUGGCCAGCAUUGGGCUCCUUGUCACCUUAACAAUUUUCUAGUGCCUGAAACAAGGAUGUAAAUGCAGCAUUUGCCAUUAAUCAACAAAGCAUCUGCAACAGAUAGCAAAGCAGAGCCACACCAUACUAUCAGUGCAAAGAGCUGCCUACUGUUAUGUGCCCCCACCAACUAGAUCGCCUGCAGUCCAGAGCCAUCGAUAAACAGAGUUUGGCCAGGUUACACUGUGACCACAACAAUAGAUACACAUGGAGAGGAAAAACAGAGAAAAUAAAACAUAAUCCUGCUAGCCAACUGCUUUUUAGAUUGGUGGUAAAACAACUUUUGUAUUUUGUGUAGUUUCCUCUGUCAGUGGACAGGUCAGUGGUAUGAAUUACUAAUGCUUCAAUAUUCAAGUUUCUUGUGUAAAAAUCGGCCUAAAUUUUGUGCCAAAUAACAAAUGUGUGCAAACAUACAAGAGCCUCCCUGUCACAGACAGUCCUCAUUGGACAUUUGAUGAAUUGUUGAGAGAAAACUGGACAAAGAAUGUGACAAAAUAAUCUCAACUCAAAGGUCCAUUUAGUAGCUUUUGGAGCUUUCAACCACAACGCACAGUCUUGGCUGGCUCAGGUGUCAUCGCAUGACCAAAGAUUGGAAAAACUUGUUUUAUGAGCAUCUUAGAAAUGACCAUUACAUAACUUGAAGGUUACUCAAACCUCCUUUGACAUGUCUCAUUCAUAUAAAACAAUCACUGACUCACUGUGCUUGUUAACAUGAGCAUCCAUUGUGCAGUGUAUUUACAUCUUUGGAUUAUUUCUAGGUAGUGAAGCUGUUAAAAAGCAGUUAUUUGUGGUUACUAUAUGAGGCCACCAGGGUUCACAGUGCACCGUGCAGUUUUCAGGCAACACGCGUAAACACAAAUGAGUUAGUCAUACUUUAUAUUACCCAUGUGUAUCUAUGCAAUUUAUGAUACGAGUGUAAGAUGCCCAACACUGUUUUAUUCUGUUAAGCUCUAAAGCAGGUUACACGUUUGACAUGGACAGGCUCUGAUAACUGAUGGCUCUGCUGCACCUGUUCUCCUGUUAGAUGAAUGAUGAAAAUGUAAUAAUCAGCUUCAGAGGCCUGCGCUCUUAAGUUCUUGAAUUGAGUUGUUUGUAAAUUUGUUUUUUAAAAAGACUUUUUGUUGUUCUCUCA